AUGUCUCAAGAAACUUUAACACGUUCUGAACUGAAAAAGGGAAAUUACAAGCUUUUCAGCAGUCUUCAAAUUUUAAAAAGGAAUCUGAGCCAUUAUCAUACCAAUAAACCAUUUCCUUCCGUCAAAGAAAUCGAGAAAUGGAAUCCAUCACAAACUGUUGAUUUUUUAGAAUCCAAAAAAGGUGAGUUAUAUCUUGAAGACAACCAUAUCAAAAUUAUUGAAAAAGAGCGAAUUGCUGCUGAAGAAAUUUCAAAAGCACUCUAUAAUAAUCUUGUAUAUGUUUUUAUUGACAACUCCAAUAUCACUAUUGACCGAUUUCGUAUUGAUUAUGGUUUACUUCUCAAAACUGUUCAAUGUGAACGUAAAUUGGGCAGUGUUCCUGAUCCCGAUAUAAGUCUUACACAAAGUGUAGCAGAUACUAUUUCAGAAAAUGACCCUGGGCCAGAUCUUACAGGAAAGAUGAAAGUUCUUAAAAUUCCUGAAAGAGAUAUAAUCUCAAAUUGGGAGAAUAAAGAUCUGAUAGAAUGUUUUAAUACUUUAAACUUAUUUGGUUGGUGGCAUUGGGUAGGUUGGAAUGUACACAUGUAUUUCAAGAGACAGAAGAACUUGGAAACAGAAAGAAUUUUAUUGAAAAUAACUAUCAAGAGAUGA